AUGGGUCUAGAGCUUGGUUUAGGCUUUCUGGAUAGAGUAACUGGUGCAAGAAAUGGAGCAUUUCAACAUUUGGAGGAUUUUACUGAUCGGCUGAAUCAUUUUUUCAGUUGUGCUAUAAUUCUAAUGCUAUCCGGUGUAACAAUGGCAAAUGUUUAUUUCCUUAGACCGAUAACAUGUACACUGCCUACAGCACCAGAUAAUAAAUUCAAUGAAUUCGCUGAAUCUGUCUGCUGGGUACGUGGUACCGUAGCUGUACGUGAGAAGGAUGAAACACCGACAAGUUAUGAAGAUUGGGAAAGGCUACGUCAGAAAGCUGAUAUAUCCUUCUAUCAAUGGGUUCCAUUUUGUUUAUCUAUCCAAGCGAUGUUAUUCUUCCUGCCUCAUGUCAUCUGGCAGUCGCUAGCUACACAUGUAAUGGGUGAAAAUAUCGAAGCGAUACUAAGCAUGGCGCAUAAAGCCAAUUCAGCUGAAGAGAACACAAAACGUGAAAAACUUGUUGAAUCAGCUGCUUACCACCUAUUCCGACUCGGCCGUCAACAUUUCGAUUAUCGAUCGGGUAGAUGGUCACAACUUCAACGGAAAAUGUCACGUCUCCCUGGUGGUUCACUGUUGAUUGCAGGGAAACGUAUGGGAAAUUGUAUUUCACUAGCAUAUAUUUUUGUUAAGGCCUUAUAUUUAAUUAAUCUUAUUGGACAGUUGAAUAUAAUCUGUACAUUCUUAGGACAUCAUGGUAAUUUGUUCACCUUCGGCCAACGACUGAUUCGUACACUGACCUCGAAACACGAGUGGACUGAAAGCGAAUUUUUUCCACGUCAAACUUAUUGUCCAGUGCAUGUACGUCAUCUUGGUUCAAAGAAUAAUGUGUUCACGGCAAUCUGUGCACUGCCUGUAAAUAUGUUCAAUGAAAAAAUCUACAUAUUUCUCUGGUUAUGGAUUGCUAUUGUCAGUAUUUUAACGACGGGUAGUCUAAUUCUCUGGCUGAUACGUUUAACCCUACAAAAUCGUCAAACAGCCUAUAUUCGUAAUUAUCUGAUUGUAUCAAUACAUUCACAAUUAUUAGACAAUUAUCAAAAUCAUAGUUUAACUUGUAAUGGAUGUAAUGUCGGUGUAGAUGAUCCACGGAUUGAAAAUUUUAUCAAGGAAUUUGUUAAAAGUGAUGGUUUCUUUAUAUUACGUAUGAUACGUGGCAAUGCUGGUGAUGUAAUCACUGCGGAGAUUUUAAAUCAAUGGUGGCAUAUGUUUGUUAACUAUCAAAAAGCUCAACUGGAAAGAGAAAGUAAACAAGAUUUAAUACAAAAAGAUGAAAAGACGAAAAUCGAGCAAAAAGAUUAUGAUCGUAAUAAGUCUAGUGAUAAUUUUGUUUAAAUUGAUACAUUGAUUCAAUUGGCGGGUAAUUUGAAUGAGCUACGAUGGAUUUCCUACAGUUUAUUUUUUUGGCUAAAAUUUAUAAUCUCUUUCUCUCACUCUCUCUCUUUCUUUUUCACAAUUUAUUACAUAAUAC